AUGGACUUUCUAAAGAAUGCCGUGGCAUCUGCCAUUGCCACGGGGCCUCCCUUUCCAUACAACUUCGGAGAUAAAGUCGACAUUGACGAGUCCGUUUUCACUCUGUACAAUGGAACCAAGAGGAGAACUAUCAAGUUUAUUAAUACCGAUGCGUCGUCGAUCCACGGAAACCUCAAAGUGGGAUCUGUAUAUACGUCGGAAAGCGGAGAGUGGAAGCUGGGCGGGUUUGAAGUUUUGAGUAGCGUUAAAGACGACGAAUCUGCCAUCUAUACAUAUGGAAGCUUAGUACCCGAUUCAUCUCGCUAUGCGCCGCCAGAGUUGGCUCAAGGUGGAUGGGAUGUCAUCAAGAAGAACCCUCACUCAGCGGUAGACUCCUUCAGCUUUGGAGUACUGAUAUUCGAAACAUUUAACAAUGAGUACAACGGAAGCAGCCAAGCUGGCCAAACGAAGAACAUCCCUCCAACGAUGCAGUCAAGUUACAAGCGACUCUGCAAUGCUAAUCCCAAGGCUCGUAUUGCAGUAUCCGCCUUUCUCGAACAAGGGAACAGGACGGGGUCGUUCUUUGACAGCCCCUUGAUCAAAUUAACGGACGGCAUCGACAACCUCGGAAUGAAAUCUCCAAGUGAGAGAGAGGAAUUUUUGAGCGAUUUAGACCAACUCACUGACGAUUUCCCCGAAGAGUUCUUCAAAAUGAAGGUUCUACCAGAGUUGAUCAAGUCGGUUGAAUUUGGCGGCGGCGGCCCUAAGGCUCUCGGUGUCAUUCUGAAAAUCGCUGCCAACAUGUCCAACGACGAUUUUGAAACUAGGAUAACACCAUUCAUUAUCAAGAUGUUUGCAAACCCAGAUCGAGCUAUACGAGUAUAUCUACUGGACAAUCUACCGUUGAUAAUCGACCGACUCCCUCAAAAGAUUGUCAACGACAAGCUAUUCCCACAUAUAGUCACGGGAUUCACAGAUGUUCAACCAGUCGUUAGAGAGCAGACACUGAAGUCGGUUCUCCUUCUUAUUAGCAAGUUGUCUGAUAGGACCAUAAAUGGUGACCUGCUCAAGCACCUGGCGAAAACUGCAAACGACGAGCAGCCUGGUAUCCGAACAAACACCACUAUCUGCCUAGGAAAGAUUGCUAAACAUCUUGGAACAUCUUCUCGCUCCAAAGUUCUCAUCGCCGCAUUUACACGGUCCCUGAGGGACCCAUUCGUCCACGCCCGAAAUGCUGCUCUUAUGUCACUUGCCGCCACUGCAGAGUACUUCACCGAAGAGGACUGCGCCGUCCGCAUUCUCCCCUUAGUCUGCCCAUUGAUGAUUGAUAAGGAGCGAAUGAUUCGAGAUCAGGCAAAUCGCACCAUUGACUCGUAUCUUCAGAAGGUUCGCAAAGCUGCAUCGGCCAUGCCUGACACAGCCCUCCCCCCUCCGAAGGCGGGAGAAACGCAGCCUGCAAGAAUGGGGACGCCGCAGCAGAGCGGUUCUGCUGGCUGGACGGGUUGGGCAAUAUCUUCCUUCACUAAUAAGCUUUCGACUGCAGCCGGCGAUAUGCAGACAGCAAACGGCGGCUCGGGUGUCAACUCACCAAAACCAACCUCGUCACCUGGCCCUGAAACUAGACGAUUGCCAAGUACCUCUGCAUCUACUCGACACAAACAAGCUAUCAGCCCGCCGCCUCCCCAAACAUAUGGGACAACAUCACCGAGCGCCAGUGCAAUGGCAGAUGCCUUCUGGCAAGAUGACGGAUUUGAUGACGCAGGUGAUGCGUGGGGGGAAAUGGGAGACGAUGAUGAGGUUAUACCAUCGUCAACCACGAGCAAGGCCCCUGAAAAGGCUGUACCGUUUGAUGACGGAGAAGAACCAGAUUUUGCUGGGUGGCUAGCAGCCCAAGCACAGAAGAAGAAGCCCGGAUCAGCCAAACCACUACCCAAGGGCCUGUCAAAGUCGACGACGACGAAGAAACCAGCUGCCAAACCAACCGCAAAGCCUGCUGCUAAAGUACCGGCGGCCAAGAAGAUUGACAUGAAGCCGAAAGAGACCGAUGACGAUGAUGGAUGGGGGGAUGGGUGGUAA